CCGGGCUGAACGGCAGCGAAUGUUCCGAAGGGCUGUGUGCCGCGGGCUUCGGCAGGCCCGGCCUCCUCCCGCGUCCUUUGGACCCCCGCCCCGAGCACCUCUGAGCUUCCCUGCACCCCUCUUUCCAAACCCCUCGCACGCCUUGCCUCCGUUCAGCUUCCUGCAUGCCUCCCCUUUCUCCCUGCAAACCCUUUCGCCCAGGCCCAUGCCUCCCUCUCUCUGCAUCUCUUCCCCACGCUGUCCUCCGCCCUUCUCCAGCACCUUCGCCCUGCCUUCCUCCCCCUCCCCCUUCUCCAUCCUUUCCUCGCCCCUCCCUUCUUCCUGAGACCCAUCCCUAUCAGGCCCGAGAGAAGACCUUAGCCUGUCCCUCACCCCUUCCCUGUGUCUUGUCUCAUGAGCCCCCUCAGAGUGGGAGCAGAUUGUGGGGCUCCACCCAAGGGAGGCCUCUAGGUCCUUCCCCCAUGAGACAGUUGAGGGCUGUGGCGUGCAGAAAGCAGACAGGAGCUGACUGCCCUGGACUCCGGUUCUGGCUGUAGGGUGACCCACUUCCUCUGCUACCAUGAACAGGGCCCCUUUGAAGCGGUCCAGGAUCCUGCACAUGGCACUGAUGGGGUCUUCCGACCCCUCCGGAGAGGCAGAGGCCAGCAAGGAGAAGCCCUUCCUGCUGCGGGCGUUGCAGAUCACACUGGUGGUGUCUCUCUACUGGGUCACCUCCAUCUCCAUGGUGUUCCUCAACAAGUACCUGCUGGACAGCCCCUCCCUACAGCUGGACACCCCCAUCUUCGUCACCUUCUACCAGUGCCUGGUGACCACGCUGCUGUGCAAGAGCCUCAGCAUCCUAGCUGCCUGCUGCCCUGGUGCCAUGGACUUUCCCCCCCUGCGCCUGGACCUCAGGGUGGCCCGCAGUGUCCUGCCCCUGUCCGUGGUCUUCAUCGGCAUGAUCACCUUCAAUAAUCUCUGCCUCAAGUACGUCGGCGUGGCCUUCUACAACGUGGGCCGCUCACUCACCACUGUCUUUAAUGUGCUGCUGUCCUACUUGCUGCUGAAACAAACCACCUCCUUCUAUGCCCUGCUCACCUGCGGCGUCAUCAUCGGUGGCUUCUGGCUUGGUGUGGACCAAGAGGGGGCAGAGGGUACCCUGUCUUGGACGGGCACCCUCUUUGGCGUGCUGGCCAGCCUCUGUGUCUCGCUCAACGCCAUCUACACCAAGAAGGUGCUCCCGGCAGUGGACGGCAGCAUCUGGCGUCUGACCUUCUACAACAACGUCAAUGCCUGCGUUCUCUUCCUGCCUCUGCUUCUGCUGCUGGGGGAGCUUCAGUCCCUCCGUAACUUCUCCCAGCUGGGCAGCGGCCACUUCUGGGGCAUGAUGACACUGGGUGGCCUGUUCGGCUUUGCCAUCGGCUAUGUGACAGGACUACAGAUCAAGUUCACCAGCCCCCUGACCCAUAAUGUGUCCGGCACAGCCAAAGCCUGUGCCCAGACAGUGCUGGCUGUGCUCUACUACGAGGAGACCAAGAGCUUCCUCUGGUGGACAAGCAACAUGAUGGUGCUGGGGGGCUCCUCUGCCUACACCUGGGUCAGGGGCUGGGAGAUGAAGAAGAUUCAGGAAGAACCCAGCCCCAAAGAGGAUGAGAAGAGCAGCAUGGGUGUGUGAGCUCCUCUGGGGAGUGUGAGCUCCUCUGGGGACCCGGGCAUGGCUCAGUCAGGGAGAGUCCCCAGGGCAGCUCUCUGGACCCUGAGAAAGGUAGUCUGGAGGAGAUAUUGUUUACAAACCUGCUCACGAUCUGGUGGUUGAAAUAGAGCCAGUGUUUUCCAGUGAUGUCAGAAAGUUGCCAAACCUAUCUCAACCCCCUUUCCUGUGUCUGGGUUUUGUCCUCCCCGAGGGAGGAAGGACUCCAUGGGAACAGCCAAUUAGUUUCUCUGGAAGAGCACUAGCUUUUGGGGAGUAGGGGAAGGGCAGCACCCCAUCCUGUCCCCCUUCCAGGGCCUUCUACCUCCAUGUGACCUUUGGGGUUAUGGACGGGCCACAACUUUAAGGGACAGUAGUAAGUCUUCACUUAUACUCAGGGGACAUGGGGGUAUGACUCCCAUCAUGGGCCACCUGAAGGGAUUUGGAAAACCACACGUCUCCGGGACCCACGACAGGCAGCGAAGCUUUGAUCCCGCAAAUCAGCCUUCCUCUGGAGGAAAGUGUAGGCUGGGCUGAGGGACAAAACAGACGAGCAUUCCCUCUUCCCUGUGCCAAGACCGCCAGUCCCCAUGGAAGGGCACGAAGGAUCAUUUGCACCCGAGCCUGGCUCUGGAAUCCCCAGGGACUGCCGGCAGUUGGCCUCGGAGUGGGGCAUGCUGUGGGAAAGGGCCCUUUUCCCACCAUCUGCACCCUAUGCUCCCAGCUUGUGAACAUGGGGGCGCCACCCAGCUUUUACCCGGGUAAUCAGGGUCAUUAACAGCCUCCCCCAGUCCCUGACACUGAGAAGCUCAUUCCUCCCCUCCUGAGGAGCAGCCAGCCCUCUGGAUUCCCAGCACCCGACUCAGGUAAGACCUCCUGGAGGUGAAGCCAGGUCACCCUCCUAACUCUGGCUUCCCAGGGCUUCAUCCCCAAGGGGGCUGGUGGAUACAGGGUCCUGGCUCAGAGCCCCAUCAGUGGUGCUGUGCCUUCCCCAGAGCCUGAUCCCUGCCCAGGUGUUGUAAACUGACUCUGAUGAAGGUGAUAAACUAACAAUUACGGGAGGUUAGGGCUGAAAGAACCUUCCCCUCCCCUUACCAACACCCCCACCCCAGGGCUCAGGAUGGCGGUCACAAACCUUGUCUCUUCUACUGUGGAUUCUGUCCCACCCAUCUCCUUGGGGGUAAUUCCUCCUGUUUUGUCCCCGUAAGGAAAGGUUGGGGACAGUGUGUCUUCUCACCCCCCAGUGGUUUCUAAUGUAAUUAGGCGGGCCUGAUGCCCUGAACUGUGUGUUAGUUCAUUAAAAAUGGGAAUAAGACACUAUAGGGGAAACCCUGACGGCUGGGGUUCUUUUCUGUUUUGCAAGGCUAGUGCCUGACUUAGCUUUGAUGGCUGAAGCCUCCACUUCAGAGAUUGCCCGCCGCACGGCCGGACAAACAGGCUGCCUCUCCCGUCUGAGACCCCUUCGUCUUAAAGAUCUUGAUUGAUUUCAAUAACCGAUCAUUUGGGCCAUUUGGUUUUUUUUCACUUUCCACACUUUACAUUUCCACGCCUGUGUUUUGAAUUCACCAGUAAAGAGUGAGCUUGCAAAACCCUGGGCCCCAGUAAAAGCAGAUCCGCAGGCCUGUGUGUGCUCUCAUUCUCUCCCUCCCUCCCUCUCUGGUCCCCCCCCCCCCGACUCCCCACAUCGCUGUGUGACCCCAGGUGCGCUGUGUAAUUUCCAGAUCCUGUAAGUAAUAAACCUUUAUUU